UCUGCAGAACAUCCAGCGUUGGGCCACCAUGAAGGUCCUCACUAUGGCACUAGCUUUGGCCAUUUUCACAGGAUGCCAGGCGUUCAUCCUCCAAAACGAGGCCAAUCCCCAGCUGGAGAAGUUAAAAGGCGACUUGCAGGAAUACCUGAGGAACAUGACCCAAGUCGUGAAGGAACAGAUAGACUACAUCCGAAGGCUGGAGCUCACCCAGGCGCUGGUAGACCAGCUCCAUGGGGUGAAGCAGCGGGUGAUGGAGCUGAAGAGGGAGCUUCCUGCGGAGGUCUUUCAGGCCUACAAGCAGGUGGUGGGGGUCUCCAUGGAGGUGGUCAAGAAGGGCCUGGACUCGCUCCGCGGCUUGAAGGACAAGGCCACCCCAGCCGCAGACGAGCUGGUCACGUCUUUCUAUGACACGGUGCUCCCUUUCGCCAACUCGGUGGCCCGGACGGUGGACACCUACACGAACGCCAUGCGCCGGACGGUGGCCGAAGCCGCCAACAAGCUGAAGAGGCCCAAACUGGUUGAGAAGCUGGAGCGGCAACUGGGAGAGCUGAGGAACCAGUUGGUGCCUUACGCCGAAGGGCUGCGGAACAAACUGGAGGCCUUCCAGGCUUCGUGGGCGCCCUACGAGAAGUUCAAGGAAGGGAUGGAGAAGAUCAAGCGGACCUUCCAGCCCUUGGUGGAGUCCGUCCUCCAAGCCGUCCGGAAGUACAUGGAGGAGUUUAAGGAAUGGGCGGAAGGUCCUGCUGAGCAUCCCCAAAAGCAAUGGAUUGGUGAAAGCAAGGGGAGAAAAAGCCACCAUGGUUGA